AUGGCAGCUGUCAGGCUGCUAGUGUUGGCGGUGUUAAUCGUUUCCUGGUGCAACAUAGCGAUGGCCGAACCGCGGAAGCAAUCGGCCCCACCGCCCCAUAUCGUGCUUAUCGUUGCGGACGACAUGGGCUGGAACGAUGUCGGUUUCCACGGGUCAAACCAGAUCGCUACGCCCAACAUCGACGCCCUGGCGUACGAUGGCAUCAUCCUUAAUCGGCACUACUCGGCCCCGAUGUGCACCCCGUCCCGGGCCGCCCUGAUGACUGGUCGCCACCCGAUCAACCUGGGCAUGCACCAUUACGUGAUCGACAUCGACGAACCGUGGGGUCUCGGGCUGGACGAGAAGCUGAUGCCGCAAUACUUCCGCGAGGCCGGCUACCGGACGCAUCUGGUUGGCAAGUGGCACCUGGGCUUCUUUUCCGAGCAUUACUGGCCGACGAACCGGGGCUUCGAUACCCACAUCGGGUACCUGGGGCCCUACAUCGACUACUGGAGUUACGUGUCGAAGAUGAACAGUGGCGCGGCCUUCGAAGGGUACGAUCUACGGCAGAAUCUCGCCAUUAACCGCGCGGCGAACGGGACGUACGCAACGGACUAUUUCACCGGCGCUGCCAGCGACAUCAUCGCAUCACACGGGCGUACUGGCGAUCCGAUGCUGUUGGUGCUCACUCAUCUGGCCCCGCAUGCCGGUAACGACGAUGAUCGACUGCAAGCGCCACAGAAAACGAUCGAUCGGUUCGACUACAUCGGCGACAUCGACCGCCGCAAGUACGCCGCAAUGAUGUCCAAGCUUGACGACAGUGUAGGCGAAGUUUACCAGAGCCUGGAGGCCAACGGUAUGCUCAACAACUCGAUCAUCGUCUUUCUGAGCGACAACGGCGGCGUCACGCAGGGAAUGCACAGCAACACCGGCUCCAACUAUCCGUUCCGUGGGCAAAAGCAUUCCCCUUGGGAGGGAGCCGUACGAACGGCGGCUCUCAUCUGGAGCCCGCUAAUUCAACAAGCGCAGCGAGUUUCCAAACAAUGGUUCCACAUAUCCGAUUGGCUUCCAACGCUGGCGUCGGCCGCCGGCAUCAGCCUUCCGCACGACGAAACCGCCAGUGACAUUGACGGUAUCGAUCAGUGGGAAGCGUUGGCCUACGGUACCGGAAACCCGCGCCAACGGUUGAUGAACAACGUGGACGAAAUUUUCGGCUACACCAGCUACAUGGAGAACGGACUAAAGUACGUGAACGGUACGACGCUCGAGGGAGCCAACGAUCGGUGGUACGGCGCGGCGGACUCGCUCGACAAACUCCCCGGGAACGCACAGUACCUGGACACCGUAAAGUCCAGCCCGAUCGGACGUGCGCUGCAGCUGGACGCGAUCGUGAUGGGAUACUUGCGGAGGCACGCUCGCGUCAACUGUAGCAACGCGAUUGCCACCCGUGACUGCAACCCGCUGCAGAGGCCCUGCCUGUUCGACAUCAUAAACGAUCCGUGCGAGAUGCAUGACAUCGCGGCGGAACACCCGAUCAGGAUGCGCCAGAUACAAGAAAACAUUGAAGACUACCGAUCGCGCGCGGUGAAACCACGCAAUCGUCCACACGAUCCGGCAGCGAAUCCGGCGAACUUUGGUGGCGUUUGGAACUGGUGGCGAACGGAGCCGACGAGACAGGUCGCCGCCCACGACGAACAGAUGCCGCCUCCGUCGCACUCGCUGCCAAAGGACACCCAGCUCUACGUGAUCGUGCCGAUUGUCGUAGUCGGGAUCGUGUUCGUAAUUGGCACGUUGCUCUAUCUGUCGAACAAAAACGUCAUCACACUGUUCCGCAAGACCAAGACGGCGGGUGUCGCCAACAUGCCCAGCGAGAUACCGACCACGGUUGGUCCGUCCGGCUCGGGCGAUAACAAGCCGAUCGAUUCUGCGUUCAACUCGAAAAUCUACGUCAUUAGUGAUAGGGACCGGUAACCGGGCAUGGAAACCAGGGGAUGUUUGUUACACUUUUGUUUUGCCAUUGUUUUUUUUUGGGCUAAGGGUCAUACUUAACGAGCACACUGGACACUUAAUGGAAACGAUAGUUUGCAACAAAAAACAGCGUUAAGACCAUACACUUCUUAAGCACUUUUAUUUACAAUUAAACUAAGGUAGAUCUCCAA